AUUUAAUUAAACCUGCGUUAGAUAGAGGGGGCAAAAUAUGAAAGUUUCAAUUAUCAACCGAGCUGUUGCUAUCCUCGGGGACUGAAAUUUGCAACACGCACCAUAAAUUCCUCAGCACUAUCUGAAAUUAGUCGGUUGUUUUUACGAUAAUUGAUAAUAAAAACUGACCAAUUAUUCUGCUCUAUAUUUGAUCCUAAAUUCGAGUUAUACUACUAGACAAAUCGUUCAACUUGGCUGUUUGUGCUAUAACCGCAAAAAAAGAUGAAAUUGAGUUGUUACCGAGGCUUCGGUGUUAUUCUCGGCGUCUUGGCGUGUGUGAGCAAUGCUACUUACCACUGGGCCGGAAAUACUUGUGAAGAUCUGAGAGCUAGUAUGGAGGAAGUCAAGGGAAAUGGGUGUGUGAAGCCUAAUAGUAUUCGGAGUAGUGUGAAGAGAGUGCAUAAUAAUUGUGUAUACGACGAGCAGUGUGAGUCCAACUGGUGUGUGUCAGACUGGAAGAUCUGCUACGACGGGGGUCCCAUCAGUGGCGCCUCAAGUUUGGCGGGAUGUACGAACUGUCCAAGUGUGAAGGGGGUAGAUUUGAGCAAGUGUCAGUGCACGAACCCCGACUUCCCCAACAUGUGGGUGAUGUGCACAAAUGGGUCCUGGGCCUACGACCAGUACGACACCACUGCCCAGAAAACAUACAAAAGGGUUGAGCAGGACGAUGGGUCGCUCUCCGAGAACGACGAGUUCGCCAUCAACACGCAAUGCGUCCACAACAAAUGGAGGGAAGAGGCGGGGGGACUAGGAGCCCUGAGUUGGAACGGCGCCUUGGCAACCUUCGCGACAAAUUACGCCAAGACACUCCAGAGCAUGCAGUGUCAAGGACUGCCGCAUAGCAACAACGAAGACCGCAAGGGCUUGGGAGGUUUCCACACCAAUGGGGAGAAUCUCUACGCGAUGUGGACAAGUGGAAAAAUCAUCAACGAGGACAUGCCGAGGAUUGCACGUGAUGCCGUGAACGGGUGGUACAGUGAGAUCAAAGACUACUCGUACCCAGGGGGCGGCCAGAAAUACGGGUCAUGUCCAGGCAAUGGAAUGAUCGGACAUUUUACUCAGUUGAUGUGGUCUGAUACUAGUGACGUCGGCUGUGAUUUCGCCAUUUGCGACUACGGUGCGGGAGGACAGACAGUGAAUGUGGUGUGCAUCUACGGAAUCGCCGGCAACUGGGUCGGGUCGCCCGCUUUUGACGAAGAGACUUACUGCAAUCUCAAAGAAUACCCCGAAAACAUCGAGAAAUACGGCGGGCUGAAGACCUGCUCCUCCAGCCCAAUUGAUUGUGAGGCUGUUCCCCCCAACCCACAACCCCCUGGCCCUGAAUCAGACGGCAAAUGUCCAGGCAUUUUCGGUACUAUCUGUUCCUUCCCUUGGAAUCACGCCGAGUUUGGGGAAAUAACGAGCUGCCAAGACGCUGUUGAUAAAUUCGGAGACCGCAAGCCGUACUGUCCCACGGAGUUCGCUGGUUUUUACGACCAGUGCAAAUUUGACACAAAUGACGAGGACUGUUUGUUUCAUGAAUAGAUAAAAGCACUUCUUGCAUUCACUAAGUUUCAAACCGCGAUUAAAUGGAAAUCAACAGAGUUACUAUCAA